UGUGUGCCCGGUCACCGUGGUGAGCUGUGCGUGAAAUUAGAGGCAAGGAAAGGGAUCCGGGCGACCGGCUGUGUCCUGGAUACCAGCAUGGGACCCAAAUACGCCAUAAAGACUCUCGUCCUUGCAAGUAUCCUAUCAGUAGGCUUUGCAACUUUCGGACACGAGCAUGUACAUAUAAGGAUACAUUUACCAGAACAGCAUCACGGCGGAGGAGGUCACGGAGGUGGAGGCGGUGAUGAUCACCAUGUUGAGAUAAGUGGCCCUGGGAAAGACAUAGGAGGCGGUUACGGAGGUGGUCACGGUGGAGGUUUCGGUGGCGGUCACGGUGGAGGUUUUGGAGGAGGAGGCGGUCAUGGCGGAGGUGGAGAUAUUAUCGUAGUCCAUGAUGGCGGCCACGGUGGUGGCGGACAUGGAGGAGGGGGUGGAUUCGGAGGUGGCGGUCAUGGAGGAGGAUAUGGAGGUGGUGGUGGAUUCGGAGGUGGCGGUCACGGAGGAGGAUAUGGAGGGGGUGGCGGAUUCGGAGGUGGCGGUCACGGAGGAGGAUAUGGAGGGGGUGGUGGAUUCGGAGGAGGUCACGGCGGAGGUGGAGAUAUUAUCAUAGAGGAUAGCGGCCAUGGCGAUGAUCAUGGGGGAGGUUAUGGAGGUGGCGGUGGAUUCGGGGGCGGCUUCGGAGGAGGUCACGGCGGAGGUGGAGAUAUUAUCGUAGACCACGGAGGCGACCACGGUGGCGGAGGAGGGUAUGGAGGUGGUGGUGGAUUCGGGGGUGGUCACGGAGGAGGGCAUGGAGGUGGUGGUGGAUUCGGGGGUGGUCACGGAGGAGGGUAUGGAGGUGGCGGUGGAUUCGGGGGUGGCUUCGGAGGAGGUCACGGCGGAGGCGGCGAUAUUAUCGUACACAGUAGCGGCGGUGGAGGAGGCCACGGAGGAGGAUAUGGAGGUGGCGGUGGAUUCGGAGGUGGCUUCGGAGGAGGUCACGGUGGAGGUUUCGGAGGAGGCCAUGGCGGAGGUGGAGAUAUUAUCGUAGAUCACGGUGGUGGCCAUGGCGGUGGUCAUGGGGGAGGGUACGGAGGUGGCGGUGGAUUCGGAGGUGGCGGUCACGGAGGAGGGCAUGGAGGUGGUGGUGGAUUCGGGGGUGGCUUCGGAGGAGGUCAUGGUGGCGGAGGUGGUCAUGGAGGCGGGUACGGAGGUGGUGGAUUUGGCGGCGGAUUUGGGGGUGGACAUGACACAGGUGGCGAUGAUCAUCAUAGCUCCAGCAGUUAUGGCAAUAGUAUAUCGUCUGGUUUCGGUAGCAGUGGCAGUGGCGGAAGCAGUUACGGCGGUAGUUUUGAUUCAUAUUCGAGUGGUCAUGGCGGUGGUGGUGGUGGCGAUAGUGGAGGCCAUGGUGGAGGUUUUUCUGGUUACCACAAGAAAAAAUAAGAGUUAUCGCGCUUUGACCAAUAUGUUGCGCAAA